AUUUAAGCCAGCAGUGCAGUCUUAAAGAACUUAUUUGCUGAAGUGUGAUUUGUCCAGGAUGGGAUUUUCAACACGUCUGUGUUUGGUUUUUGCCUACAGCAUCUGCUGCUACAAAGCCAUGCYGACUAAGCUCAACCAGGAGGCUGUGAAUGACAGGCCUGUGAUUGGUGUUUUAACUCAGUUGGUUUCUGAUGAAGUCAUGAGGCCGUUUGGGAGGACCUACAUACCCGACUCCUACGUGAACUACAUAGAGUCCGGGGGGAGCAGGGUGAUGCCGAUCAGGUUGACCCUUUCCACUGCAGAGUACGAAAACAUCUUCAAGAAGAUAAAUGGCCUGUUUUUUAUCGGUGGAGCUGCAGAUUUGGAGACGUCAGACUACGCCAAGGUGGCACAGAUCUUUUACAGACUGGCGUUGGAGGCCAAUGAUGCUGGAGAUUUCUUCCCCAUCUGGGGCACAUGUAUGGGCAUGCAGCUGCUCACUGUGCUGGCAGCUGGUGAAAACCUGCUCACAAGCACCCCAGCUGAGAACCUCGCCCUGCCUCUCAACCUAACAGCAGAGGCCGUCUCCAGCAGGAUGUUUCAAGGUUUUCCCAAAGAACUCCUGGCUGCUUUGUUAGAAGAACCUCUGACUGGAAACUUUCACAGAUAUGGACUCACAGUAAAGACGUUUCAGGAAAAUGAGAAGUUGAGCAGUUUCUUCACUCUGCUGUCCACCAAUGUUGCUGAAAAUGGAGCCCCCUUCGUCUCCACCUUAGAAGGUAAAAAGUAUCCCUUCUAUGGAGUGCAGUGGCACCCGGAGGUGAACCGUUUCCAGUGGRACACGGGGCUCAACUUUCCUCACUCUGCUCAUGCUGUUCAGUUGUCCUCCCUGCUGGCCGAGUUUUUUGUCAAUGAAGGAAGAAAAAGUUUACACAAGUUCGACAAUCCCAAGGAAGAGGCCUCGUCCCUGAUUUACAUCUACAAACCCGUCUACACUGCAAACUUCACUGCAUAUGAGCAGGCUUAUUUCUUCUGAUCUUGUUAGUUUUAACACCACAAAGUGCAAAUUAAUCACAAAAAUUGUUAUCAGCUGAGUUAUGUUUGUGUACUGAAAGCUUUUGUGAUGAUUACCAAAUUUAAAAAAAUGUGUGAUAAUGUGUACAGUAUAUGUGAAUUAAUGUAUCUAAACUGCAUGUUUGCUGAAAUAAAAUAUUUUUUUGUCUAUGUG